CUCAUCAAGGUUACCUAACCUCAGUUUUCAAAGGAGUUGAUUUGAAUUGGUUUUCAAGGAUGUCAGACAAAAAAAGUGCAUUGUUUGUGUGUCUGGGUAAUAUAUGCCGAUCACCUAUUGCCGAAGGUGUUUUUCAGCAUUUAGUAAAAGAAAGGAAUUUGGGGGAUAAAUGGGAAAUUGAUAGUGCAGGUUUAGGGGGUUGGCAUAGCGGAAACCGUCCCGAUUCAAGAGCCAUGAAAACAAUGCAGAAAUAUAACAUUGAAUACACUAAUCGUGCAAGACAAAUUGAAGACGAAGAUUUCCAAAAAUUCGACUACAUUUUUGGGAUGGACGAAAACAACAUUUCAAAUUUGAAGAGUCAAAAACCGAAAGGCAGCAAAUGCGAAAUUCUCCUUUUGGGCGAUUUCGACCCAACUGGUGAUCGUAUUAUCCGGGACCCGUAUUACGAUGAUGACAGCGCUGGUUUUGAAAAAUGUUAUCAACAGUGUUUGAGGGCUUGUAAUGCAUUUUUAGAUAAGGUACAAUAAUAAAAAAUGUGAUUUUAUUUGUUUAUUAAUAUAAGUCUAAAAUUUAA